CCGAGGGGAGUGAGGUUGAGGGUACUUGCUCCCGGUAUCUGCGCUCGAGCCUACGCGGAGAAGGUCGGGGGUCAGCACGCCCGCCUACUUGGCCCUUCCGCCAUGAGGAGAAGCGAGGUGCUGGCAGAAGAGUCCAUAAUAUGUCUCCAGAAAGCCCUGAAUCACCUUCGAGAAAUAUGGGAAUCAAUUGGGAUUCCAGAGGACCAGCGGUUGCAAAGAACAGAGGUUGUAAAGAAGCAUAUCAAGGACCUCCUGGAUAUGAUGAUUGCUGAAGAGGAAGGCCUGAAAGAAAGGCUCCUCAAAAGCAUAGCCAUCUGUCAAAAAGAGCUGAACACUCUGUGCAGUGAAUUACAUGUCGAGCCAUUUCAGGAAGAAGGAGAGACGACCAUCUUGCAACUAGAAAAGGAUUUGCGCACUCAGGUAGAACUGAUGCGAAAACAGAAAAAGGAGAGAAAACAAGAACUGAAACUACUUCAAGAACAAGACCAAGAACUGUGUGAAAUUCUUUGCAUGCCCCACUAUGAGAUUGACAUCACCUCAGUUCCCAGCUUAGAAGAGCUGAACCAGUUCCGACAGCACGUGGCAACUUUGAGGGAAACAAAGGCAUCUAGACGUGAGGAGUUUGUUGACAUAAAAAGACAGAUCAUACUGUGUAUGGAAGAAUUAGAUCACACCCCAGACACAAGCUUUGAAAGAGAUGUGGUGUGUGAAGAUGAAGAUGCCUUCUGUUUAUCCCUGGAAAAUAUUGCAACACUACAGAAGUUGCUACGGCAGCUGGAAGUUCGAAAAUCACAAAACGAAGCAGCAUGUGAGGGGCUCCGUGCUCAGAUACGAGAGCUCUGGGAUAGGUUGCAAAUACCUGCAGAAGAGAGAGAAGCUGUGGCCACAGUUAUGACUGGGUCAAAGGCCAAGGUCAAGAAAGCGUUGCAAUUAGAGGUGGAUCGGUUGGAAGAACUGAAAAUGCAGAACAUGAAGAAAGUGAUCGAGGCAAUACGAGUGGAGCUGGCCCAGUACUGGGACCAGUGUUUUUAUAGCCAGGAGCAGAGACAAGCCUUUGCUCCUUACUAUACUGAGGACUACACAGAAGAUGUGCUUCAGCUCCAUGAUGCCGAGAUUGUGCAGUUAAGAAACUACUACGAGGUUCACAAAGAACUCUUUGAAGGUGUCCGGAAGUGGGAAGAAAGCUGGAGGCUUUUCCUAGAGUUUGAGAGAAAAGUUUCAGAUCCAAGUCGAUUUAGAAAUCGUGGAGGAAAUCUUCUAAAAGAAGAAAAGCAGCGGGCCAAGCUCCAAAAAACACUCCCAAAGCUGGAAGAAGAGUUGAAAACACAAAUUGAAAUGUGGGAACAGGAGCAUGCAAAGGCAUUUGUGGUGAAUGGACAAAACUUCAUGGAGUAUGUAACAGAACAGUGGGAGCUGCAUCGAUUGGAGAAAGAGAAAGCCAAGCAGGAGAGACAACUGAAGAACAAGAAGCAAACAGAGACAGAGAUGCUGUACGGCAGCACUCCCCGGACACCCAGCAAGCGGCGAGGACUGGCACCCAGUACUCCGGGCAAAGUGCGCAAGCUGAACACUACCACUGUGUCCAAUGCUACAGCCAACAGUAGCAUUCGGCCUCUUUUUGGUGGGACGGUCUACCGCUCCCCUGUGUCCCGACUUCCACCUUCUGGCAGCAAGCCUGUCAUCACUUCUACCUGUUCGGGGAGAAAAACACCCCGUGGUGUCAAGCAUGGAGCCAAUGAGGAGAACCUGGAGCUCAAUGGCAGCAUCCUCAGUGGUGGGUACCCUGACUCGGCCCCCCCACGGCGCAACUUCAGCAUUAAUUCUGUUGCCAGCACCUAUUCUGAGUUUGCGAAGGAUCCGUCCCUUUCUGACAGCUCCACUGUUGGGCUUCAGCGAGAACUUUCAAAGGCUUCCAAAUCUGAUGCUACUUCUCGAAUCCUCAAUUCGACCAACAUCCAGUCCUGAGAAGCCCUGAUCAGUCAGCCACCUGAGGCUUCCUGUGCCUAAUUAUACAAGGGCGGCUUUAAUGUUUCGUCAGUUUAUGCAUGCUUGAAAACCUGGACAGGUUCCAUUACCAUGGGCCUAACUUAUACAAGUGAAUGAGUUUCAGAUGAAAAUCCAUCAUAGGAUUAGUGGGUCCUUAGACACUUGGUUUUAUUUUGACUCAAGAAAUACAUUAAAACUUAGUUCAUAGCAAUAAGUGUAAAUUUUAGCACAUGGAACCUAAUUUCUUUCCCUGCCCUGUAACUGUACUUGCGGAAGCACAGUCAAGGGCUUGUUGUUGGCUUCACCAUUGCGCAGCAAAAUGAUUGUGCUCAUCCUUGAGGUAUGGGACAUGAAGCAGUUUUUGGUUUGUACACUUAUGAUUAGCAAUUAAUAUCUUUUUUGUUUAGGGAUGUUGAAAUAAUGCAGUAGCUUCCAAAGCUUUGCUCUCACCUAACGCCUGUCCCCACCACUCAGGGGACAGCCUUCCUCCUGAUGAAGAUGUCUGGGUGUCAGAAGUUGUGAUGGCCUGACUCACUGCCCAAGAGGUGACAGGGAGGCUGGGAGCACCUUUGUUAAACUGUGUACAGUUCUGUUUUGUAGGGCAGGGCCCUUUGUAGGGUGUGUGUAUGAACACACAUGCUUGUCUGAACUUUAUGUCAGUUUUUCUCCGAGUCCAGUUCCUCCACCCUCUUCACUUGCCAACUAAGUGGGAGGCUGUUUGGAUGGGUUGGGCCGUUUCCAUCGUGGAGACAUGGAACUUUGCACAUGUCAGUACUGGGGAGUUGUUCCUGCUGUAGUGUCCACGAUGAGGCUCCUUACUUACCUACCCUAUUGAUCACUACUGUGCUCCCCAAAGCACUAUUAUUUAUUCUUCCUCUGUCUGCCUGCGCCAGUACUACUGUCAGCACAUUAAAUGGUUCUCAGACGCUUACCAGUGUGGACCUGGUCUGUGUCAGCCAUACUGUUUUUUAGUCAUAUGUAUACAUGUUCUGAUCUUAAAAUAUAAAUAUAUUCUCAAAAUAAAUUAAAAUUUGUAUAAUGGCAUUUCAAAAAUA